GCCAAUGAAAACAGCGCUUUUCAUUUGACAACAUGUCAUGUUGCUAGUUAGCCAGCUGGCUAAAUAAAUUAAUGAUGGAAGUAAAUCAAUUGAUUCAUGUUAUUAACUGUGAUUGAGAAGAUGUGUAUUGCAACGUGAACGAUGACCUUCCGUUUAGCUAACGGCAGCGCAAUGGAAAUAGAAGACUAAGCUGUUGCCAUGGCGGCUGGGGUGAGCCUGCUGACAGAUCUGCCCCACCCCUCCCCCCAGGCUGGCAGUGGAGACCUGAACAGGGUCAACAGCAUGAACACAGUCAGUGGUGGGGUUCCCACAGCGAGGUACACCAAGAUGGGGGAGACUUUGAGGCACGUGAUCCCUGGGCAUAUGCAGUGCUCCAUGGCCUGUGGGGGGCGGGGCUGUAAAUACGAGAACCCUGCCCGUUGGAGGGACGAAGAUCAGGCCGUUAAGGGAAUCUACUCCUCAUGGAUAACUGACAACUUGUUGGCAAUGGCAAGGCCUUCUACUGAAAUCAUAGAGAAGUACAAUGUCAUUGAGCAGUUUCAAAGGUAUGGCCUUCGUACUGUGAUCAACCUGCAGCGUCCUGGUGAACACGCGAGCUGUGGCAACUCUCUGGAACAGGACUCAGGAUUCACCUACCGACCAGAGAUAUUCAUGGAGGCUGGCAUUUAUUUCUAUAACUUUGGCUGGAAGGACUACGGUGUAGCUUCCCUGACCACCAUUCUGGACAUGGUCAAAGUGAUGUCUUUUGCCAUCCAGGAGGGAAAGAUGGCCGUUCACUGCCACGCCGGCCUGGGAAGAACAGGUGUGCUGCUGGCAUGCUACCUGGUCUUCACUUCUCGAAUGAGUGCAGACCAGGCCAUUCUUUUCGUCAGAGCCAAGAGGCCCAACUCCAUUCAGACCCGGGGCCAGCUCCUGUGUGUCCGGGAGUUUGCUCAGUUCCUGGUUCCUCUGAGGAACGUGUUUUCCUGCGCUGAACCCCGGGCCCACACCGUGACUCUGUCUCAGUACCUGACGCGCCAACGCCAUCUGCUGCACGGGUACGAGGCAAGGCAGCUGAAGAACGUGCCAAAGAUCGUCCAGCUGGUUUGUAAGGUGCUCCUGGACAUUGCUUCCAACAGACAGGUGGUGGAGGAGGUGAUGGUGGAGGUUCCAGACCUGACUGCUGAGGUGGAGAAGAUGGUGUCACAGCAGGCUCUCCAGCUGCUGGGGAAGGAGAUGAGAGGGAAGGGCAUCCCUGUGCCUUCACUCCACCUGGCUGGUCCCCACCCUGAGACAACCCUAACCCAACAAGAGACAACCCUAACCCAACAAGAGACAACCCUAACCCAACAAGAGACAACCCUAACCCAACAUGGGGCACCAUACCCUCUUUUAGACCUUGACCUAUCUCCUACACUGACCCAUCCAGAAUCGCCACUACAUUGUGAUCAACACCAGCCUGUCUCACAGUCCCUACUCCUAACCCAUCCAGAAUCACCACUACCCAGAGACCAAAAGUCACUACUCCUAACCCAUCCAGAAUCACCACUACCCAGAGACCAAAAGUCACUACUCCUAACCCAUCCAGAAUCACCACUACCCAGAGACCAACGGUCACUACUCCUAACCCAUCCAGAAUCACCACUUCCCAGAGAUCAACGGUCACUACUCCUAACCCAUCCAGAAUCACCACUUCCCAGAGACCAACGGUCACUACUCCUAACCCAUCCAGAAUCACCACUUGCCAGAGAUCAACGGUCACUACUCCUAACCCAUCCAGAAUCACCACUUCCCAGAGAUCAACGGUCACUACUCCUAACCCAUCCAGAAUCACCACUUCCCAGAGAUCAACGGUCACUACUCCUAACCCAUCCAGAAUCACCACUUCCCAGAGACCAACGGUCACUACUCCUAACCCAUCCAGAAUCACCACUUCCCAGAGACCAACGGUCACUACUCCUAACCCAUCCAGAAUCACCACUACCCAGAGACCAAGGGUCACUAACCCACACACUACACAUGGAACAACCUCUCACUCCAAAAAAACAGUCCCGACUCCUAGAACCGUGGCUACACCACAACCCUCAGCUUAGCCCGAGCCCGGUUCAUGACCAGCCCCUGUCCAGCAACCAGGAACUGGGUUCACUGUGGCCAAGAGAGAACCAAAUGCCAAUCUCCGUCCUGAAGUCUCUGCAGCCAGGGAAACGCUUUCUGAGCUUCAGCGAUUCAGCUCUGUAUAAAUUAGAACCAAAACAGGUCCCGGUCUGGGAGCAGAACCAGGACCUGUCUUGGAUCAGUCGCCUUCUGCCCCCCACAAGGCCUCCUGCAGCCACAGAACAAAAACCCCUGAGCCCCCAACACCCAGCCAGAGCCUGGGAGACGCCCAGGUCCCCACACCAAUCUCCCCUGUCUCCAUACCCUCCUGACAGCAAACAGUCCCAGAACAACUCUCUCUCAGGGAGAGAACAGAGAAUCGACCAGAACCAGAACACCACUCCUCUGUUCCAGAGGCGAAGGCAUCUUGAUGCUGUCCAGCGCAGCAGGUCCUUUGGGUUUGGCUUCACCUCACAGGAAGACAGGAAGGGCAGCAGUUGCAGGGCCGUUGCAGCACUGUUGGCCCUGAAGGCAGAGGAUGGAAGGUUAAACACGUCUCCAGCCUCAUCCCCAAAACCAGCCCUAACCAAGCCCUUAGGAGAAGAGCUGUCACAGGGUCAGUGGAGAGGAGAAAGGGCUGUGAAAAGUCAUACAGGAGGAGAGGAGAGCGUGUAUUUGGAACAGACUGGAGUCAGAGAACAUAGACAGGAAAAAAAGAGGCUUGGAGACAGCGAGGACAGAGAGAGGGGUGAAGAUGGAGUGAGGGAGAGAGGUGAGGAUGGCGUGAGGGAGAGGAGGAAUUCUGUAGAGAGAGAGGAUGUGGAGAGCAGAAAGUGUCUGGAGGAGGUCCCAGUCAUUAGUCUACAUACUGAUCUGUCCCUGAAGGCCAGACAUCUGCUGGUGGCCAGAGCUCUGGCUGUGAACCAGAAGGACGAGGAUCUCCAGGCCAAGAUCUCAGUGUGGCAGAGAGAGCUAAACAGCAGAGAAGGAGCCUGGGAGAGACUGCAGCUGGAGAGAGACCCUGUGGUGCUGGCUGGCCUCAUGUGGUCCUGGCUGGAGCAGCUCAAAGAACCAAUUAUCUCCUCUCAGGACAUCCAGACCCUGGGCCAGAACAACUUCAACUCCCAGAAUGCUCUCACCUGUCUCGAGAAGGGCCAAAGACUAACCCUGCUGUGCAUCCUGGACUGUGCUGCUCACCUCGUGGCCUUGCCUGAUCAGGUGGAGACUGAUCUCCUCAAGCGGACCAUCGAGGUCUUCACUAAGAUCCACUCAGAGAGUGACCAGACACUGUACCAGAUGCUGACAGCUAUCCUGACUCCUAUUCUCCAUGAGCUGAGAAAGAAGGCAGGGGAGGAGAUGGAGACUACCAAUCACUACUCCUGAUACCUCCUUUACCCCUUACUCCUUGUUAUUUUCCCUGAGGUUUACUUAGCGUUGUCCUGUCUAGCUAACCUCUCAUAUCUUCUCUUCUUCUGUCCUAUAGUUUCCUUUCUUCUUCACCUCCCCUCACCUCUUCUCUCUCCUCCACUCUACUCCUCUUGUAUCUUCUCUUCCACCUUCCCUUUCUUUCUGCUCUUUUCCUCUCUCCUCCUGGCCUCUACCCAUGUUAACCCAACACUGUCCUGUCUCUCUAACGGGCAUUAUUUAAUACAUUCCUACUUCCAUGAUACAGCUGCUGCCUUUUCUUAAUACACAUUUGAUAAUAAUAAUGACAAUGUGAUGUGAUUUUUCCAUCAAGCUUAAUUUUAGUUUGUUUGAAGCUAUUUAUUACUGUGUGUUUUUUUAUUUGCUGAAUAAUUGCCAUAACUAUGUUUAUGUGCCACUCAGUGAUCAGUAUGUGUCUUAAAGUGUCCUGGUCUGCCUUUAUUCUGCUGUCUGUGUUGAUGUGGAAAUGUUACUGUUUUAUAGGAUCCAUCCUAACUAGCUCCCUUUCCGCUAUGUAGUACACUACCUUGGAGCACUGUGGGUCCUGGUCAGAAGUAUGAACACUGUAUAUAGGAAGCUAUUUGGGAUGAAUUCUUGUGAUAUGUUUUAACAACAUGUUUGGUCAGCAAUGACUGGAAAGGGAAUCCUCAUGAAAUGAAUGUAAAUGUUAUUUUAUUUCAAUGGAGAAUUUAAACAUUU